AUGAGAGCUUUUUAUCACGAUAACGAUCUUACAAGAGAUUAUAGAGAAGAUCAUGAUUCUGGGAAACCAGUCUCUGAAGAACAAUUAUUUAAAUUAGGUUUAUUAUAUUAUAAUAUUAAAACAAUAGAUGAAGUUAAUACCAUUGCUCAAGAAAGAGAUUAUAAGAAUAGAGAUCAAGUAGAAAUUAGUCCAAAUUCAUUCCCACCAGAUGUCCUUAAAACCAAAUUGGAUUCUUUUUAUGCUGAACAUAUUCAUGAAGAUGAAGAAAUUCGUUAUGUUAUUGAUGGUGAAGGAUUUUUCGAUAUUCGUUCUGCUCAAGAUGAAUGGAUUAGAAUUAAAGUUUUUGCAAAUGAUUUAAUUAUAUUACCUCCUGGGAUUUAUCAUCGUUUUACUUUAUCAACAAAAAAUUUUAUUAAAGCUAUUAGAUUAUUUAAAGAUGAACCAAAAUGGAUUCCUUUAACUAGACCUGUUGAUGAAAAUCAAUAUAGACAACAAUAUUUGAAAUCAAUUAAUGUGUGA